AUUACUCGAGUUGAUGUUAACACAUCUUCCUCAGACUACAGUCAAAAGACAUCAGCAGAAAUGAGGGCCCUUGUAAUCAUAAGCCUCUUGGGAUGUGCAUUUGGAGAAGACAGGGUUUUUUCCUGGAGUGGUGGAAACGACAGCCAAGUUGACGCCAAUGAGAACGCAUGUCUGACUGAUGUGGUGUCAUGUGGGUGCUGCCUGAUGAAGAAGCAGAUCUGGAAGCUCGAGAUGUUUUUCAACAUGACCUUAAAUGAGCUACAGAGGAACCUGGAGAGAGCUCAUUCAGUGUUAAACAAUAUUCGUGCCAGUCGCAGUGCCUUCUCUGUGGCUCUUACUGACACACGCCUCUGUAUCGGCCCAAAUCGUGAAGACUCUGUGGUGAAGUAUAGCAGUGUAUUUGUUAACUUGGGAGAUGGCUAUAGCACUGACACUGGUGCCUUUGUAGCACCACGUUCUGGCAUCUACAGCCUGGCUCUAACAGUUUAUAGUGAUGCUGGCGCUCCUGGAGCCACGUUGGCUGCUUGUGCUCGACUCCGACUGAAUGGGCGCACUAUUGCAUCACCAAGUGAGAACAACCUUCAAGACCAGGAGGACAGCGCUAGUGCUGUGCUAGCUGUUCAGCUGCAUGCAGGGGACAGGGUGGAUGUUGCUCUUCCAGCCGGCUGCUUUCUGUGUGACAAUAACAACCACUACAAUACUUUCACUGGGUUCCUGCUCUAUACAACUGAUUAAAAUAGAGAGAACAAAAACUGUGUUUGAAAUGACCUACUACACAGUGUACACCGUACAUUACACAACAAAUAAAUAGUAUAAAAUACGAUAUUAAGUAUGCAACAGUUACUUAAAGUUGAUCUUGUUGUAUGGUACGUUAUGAUUUCAGUAGUGCAAGAAUUGUAUAUUGUGAUUUCAAACGUUUCCUUUGUUCUCUCUGCCCAUAAAAUAUUUCUCUGUCCACAACACCGUGCAUAUCUAC